CAUCUGCUAGCUGUGCAGAGUGGAGAGGAAGAGGGGAGAGAGGGAUGUGCAGAAGGCCCUGCCCCUGUACCCCAUCUCUGUAGAGCACGGGUCAGGGAGAGGGACACACACAAUGGAACUGCUCCUGUUGGAAGCAUGGUUGCAUUUCAGUCUGGGCAGUGUGCUGUAAGCUAUUCCCUGGGCGGCAUGAAUGAAGGAGCCAGCCCUGGAGAAGAGAAACAGGAACUGAAAUUCAAGAGAGUGGUCUUGCAGGACCAAAACAAGCCAGAAAAUAUGAUCCAAAGGCAACAGGUGAUCCGGCUCACUUAUCUAAUCACAGCUGUGGACCUGACCUGCUUGUUCAUGCAGAUUGGACUCAUUCCAUACUUGGCGAAGAACCUGGGAUUGGAUUCGGUUGGAUUUGGAUACCUCCAGACAACCUUUGGCGUUCUGCAGCUUCUGGGAGGUCCUAUUUUUGGGAGGUUUGCUGACCAGUUUGGAACCCGAGCUGCAUUAACUCUUUCAUGUCUCUCUGGAUCUGCCUUCUUUCUACUAUUGUCCAUCUCCACCAGCGUCCCACUUCUGUUCCUGUCCAGAAUUCCAUCCGUGUUCAUGCAUGGGCUACCAGGUGCUCAGAUGGUCAUUACAGAUCUGACGUCUCCUGCUGAGCGUGCGGAUGCAUUAGGGAAGCUUGGACUUUGCUUUGGAAUAGGAGUGAUCAUCGGAUCAUGCCUGGGCGGGACACUCAGCACAAAAUUUGGCAUUUACUUUCCUUCAUAUGUUGCACUAGUGGCAAGUCUCAUAAGCGCAACGAUCGUAAUGACUUGUAUCCCUGCUCACACCAAACCAAAGUCAGAUGGACAAGCUACACAGCAGAGCACGUUGCAGUCCGGUAGUGUGUUCAAUCUCAAAGAAAUCCUACGCCUGCUGAAGCUUCCAGGAGUAAAGGAAGUGUUCUUAAUUAAGAUCCUUUCCGGACUCCCAACAGGUUUUUUCCUGAUUAUGUUUUCCAUCAUCUCUAUGAAUUUCUUUGGGCUGGAGGCAGCACACACUGGAUAUCUGAUGGCAUAUUUUGGUGUCCUUCAAAUGGUUGUCCAGGGUCUGGUAAUUGGAAGAUUAACUAGUCGCUUUACAGAGAGAACCCUGCUCAUGCUGAGUGUCUUUGUCUUCAGUGGAGUGGGCAUUGCUAUGGCGCUGAUGACCCAUGUGAUCCAUUACUGUAUCAUUGCUCUCCCCAUGGUAUUUGCACUCUGCACUAUGGGCAUCAUUACGGACAGCAUUCUCACCAAGGCGGUCCCUCCUUCGGACACCGCUUUUCACAUCAAAAGAAGAGGAAAUUGAGUUAGCUCUGAAGACUUUCAGUUCAAGACUGUUCAAUUCACCAGUUCUCCUUGAGGAAUUCCCUUUGGAACUGCGUCCGUCUUGAGCCUCACUGAAGGAAUCUUCUCAAGAACUUUUCAAUGUCCCUAUCCAAUGUCAUCUGAAGUCAGUUGUAGUCUUUCCAUUGAUCUUAAUCAGCACUGCGGAGGCUUUUAUGACAAAAGGAAUAGCUCCAGUGCUGAGUUCGCCUCUUAUCAAACAGCUGGAAGGUUGGAGAGAGGUUAGUGGAAACCAGUUACUCAGUGAAAAUUUUCUUUUCCACUGUCACCGAACAUCAAACAUCCCUGCCCUUCCCAGCUCACUCUGAUUGCUCCAUCAAAUCAUACUUCCCCAAAGCCCAUUUGGAGGCUGCUGUGUAUGCCACUCAUUUCUUUACCAGUUACUGCUACUUUCUGUGGAAAAUAGCAGGCUGGAAAUGGUUUCAUUCAUUCUCUUAUGUGGGUUUUUUUCUUCAAAGGCAGGAAGGGAUCUUGCAGCAUGCUGGAGUGCCACGUGAGAGCUGGUGGGAGUACCGGCUAGCCCCGACUGUGACUUGUGUCAGCAUUAAAAUGCCUGGCAGGACUCAAUAUUUCUUCCUAGAAGGGAGACGUUGAUUCUGUGCACAGGUCCAGUUUAGGAGGCUCACUGGAGUAUGGAUCCACAGGUGUAGUCAGAAGUAAAGCUCACCAUGGAGUUUAAACAAAUUGAUCCUUAAAUCCAAGGCCAGUGUCCAGCCAACUUUUGGCAGCCAACUUGUACUGCUGCACAAUCCUGGGGCAGUCCUGCUCUUGUGGUAAGCAGGGGAGUCCUGGUUAAUCUUUCCUAGCCCUGUCUGGCUCCCCUCCUGCUAGGGAGCCUAUCUACUCUCUGUUAAUGAUCAGCCUUCUUUCUCCAUUAGACUCAGAUAUCACACUGCUGGCCCAAAAUGUGCCAUUGCCUGACUCAUCCCGAUUUGUUCAGCUAGGCUGCACUGUGGUGUGAUGCCAUAUCUAGGGCAUUCCCAUAACCAUAGCAUUGUAGCAGGACAUAAAGCAAAAUGGAGGCCGGGUAGGGUAGCCCAGUGCCGCACAAAAGGUGCAUUAGGUCAAGUAAAAGAGGAAGUGAGAGAUCACUGGCCCCAACACCCUUCCCUGACACUUGCGGCAUCUGGCCAGAACCCUGAUUUUUACUGAAGAAGAGAGAUUGGGAAGACUGUGGCUAGGCAGAUGGCUGAAUCAGCAAUUGCAGGCAAAGCAGGUCACUGAGUGGGACAAGGAAUGAUGGCUAUUGGGAGGGGAUAGGAAAAGAAAACGAGCGUGGGCCACUUGUGGUGAAGGGAGAGGAGGAAAAAGUAGGGAAGAUGCAAAUGCUUUGGUGGAAGGGGAGGUGAAGGGAAGCCAGAAUAAAAGGAUAAAAAAAAUGGCUGCUUCUACAUUGGAUUGAGCCAGACAGCAUUGCAGAUGGUUUUGCUAAUGUACUAAUCCUCAGACACUUAUUAAUCAGUUAACAUUGUGAGACCAGAACCUGCAAAUACAGUGGGCCUCACUCAGCCCCACCGCACGGACUCAGUGAUUCUUUAUAUAGUCCCAUUCCAUGCUGCAAAAUUCAGAUUCCAAACAACCCAAAGAUCAGGGGUGGUUAGUACCAGCCUCUGUAUCUGGUUCUUUAGGAAAAGAGACUUAUUUUUCAGCAAAACAAGACUUUCUGAGGUGCAGACCUGGAGUCUGAGGCUGUGUAAAGGAUGGCGAUCUGGUAAAAAUGCACACACACAACCCACGCGCACACUCCAAAGUACCAGCUCAACGGUGGGGAGCCAGUGUGACAGCUGUCUAUGGCAAUUAAGUUCAGUUCAAAUGUCUGAAGGGGGAAAAAUUGUAGAACCUGCCCAGAAAGCUUGGUGGCUGUGUGAUUGCUCCUGCUGAGGCGAGGUUUGGUUUGAUCCACCCACCUCACUGAUGGGAAGCAGCGCCCAGAAGGCCUUACAGAAGGAUUUUUCAAAGACACACAUGUACUCCUGCCUAUUGGCUCUCUUCUCAAACUAGCAUUCUGAACCAAAGUACAGCAAGCUCCGAUCUAUGUUACACUGUGAACUGGUCAGGUUCCCUCUAAUUCACACUCUCAUAAAGAUUUAUGGACUCAGUUCUGUUCCAGCUACAUGAUCUCCUACCUCUUUAUAACUUGUAGAGUCAAGUAGUGCACAUAUGCUCACAUGUUGAUUUAGCUAGGCAGGGCCUCCAUGCACAAUACCACACCUGAAAGCAGGAUAUUUAUGUACGUUCCAAAAGCCUACUCCCAGAGUUUUUUCUCAUCUGUGCAAGCAGCAAUCAGUCAUACCAAUAUUCCAAAUAGUCCAACACCCACUCCCUUUGUGACCAGAGUCUAAGCUGAGUUCAUAGCAGGUGGCUUCUGAGAUAUCUCCCUUCCCCUUCCCUGGAGUCCUGUUCCAAGGGGUUUCAUUUUGGUAGCAUACUAGUUUUUCCUAUCUGAAUAGCGGAAUAACGUGCCUGCAUCAUAUCACAUAUGCUAUAAUAUUCCCUGUCCAUUCAUCUGCAUGCAUACAUGCACAUGGCCCUGCUUUCUCAUGGCCAGUGGCUCCUGCUUGCUUUACACUGCCAGUGUGGUACAGGAACCUGGGGGCGCCAUCUUUAUUUGUGAGGAGGCCUUUCUAGGGCAUCAGCUUUUAAACAGACUAGAGUCCAGCCUUUCAGAGCCAAGUUGCUUUACUGCAAAUCCGUAACAUCCUGUAUCCUUAGCAUAAGGCCAAAUUGUUGUUUUUGCACUGGUAGCUACCUCACUUAAUUAUUGGCUGGGAUAAGUCUGCUCUUUCAAGAACCAGAAUACUCAAGUGUAAAUUACCUCACCCUUCGUGACAUACAUUUUUCCAGUGAUAAGCCUAACUCAGAAGACUGCUUCCAAAAUCAGAGCCUCUCCCCCAGGAUUGGGCCCUGAAUUCUUCCUUGAAGAAGGAUGCAGAAUCUGAUUGUCCUUUAGUACAGUAUUCCUGUUGUGUAAAUGUUGCAGUGGAGAACUGCGAUGGCGCAUGAUGGAAGUUAGACCCUGUGUCUCCAGAAACAUGUAUGUAAGCUAUAUCUGUUCAACAGACUGUCGCUGAAGCAUUGCAAUUGGAAUUAAUCUGUAGCUUAUAUGUUCUCACUUCUUCUCUCCCCUCUU